AUGAAUUAAGUUUAACCUUUUGACAUUAGAGUAAUACCAAUUAAAUGGGUUUUAAAAUUUGAUCCACCUAUUAUAGGACUAGUUUAUAAAUAACAUUAAAAAGAGAAGAAAAAACAUCUUUAUCAGAUUUCAUUGAAUAAUUUAAUAUUUUUGACUAAUCCAGAAGACAUUGUAAAUUAAAUAAUUUAUGAACAUCCUGUUUAUUUAAAUAGGUAAUUCAUAAAAUACGAGCAAGUAAUUUAUAUCUAUUAUUAUUAACUUAUUUAGCUUAUUGGAUUAGUACGUAAAUUGCUUGAUUAUAAAAAUCAGAAGUUAUAAGAAAUGGUAGAGUUUAUGGAAGAUCAUUUAGUUGAAUAUGAUGAUGCAGAUUCAGAUUAAGAAGAAAAAUACACAUCUAAUAAGAACUACUCUUUUUGA